UCACUUACCGUAAGUCUUUUUCGGUAGUGUGUAUCUUCGGAAGGGGUAGUUUGUUCUCUACCACUGUAAAACCCACGCAUAUUAAGGCUUUAAAGGACGUGUGUGACAACAGUUAGUUAUAUAAAGCAGCAUGGAUGAUGAAGAGGAGACUUACCGACUCUGGAAAAUCCGGAAGACGAUAAUGCAGCUUUGUCAUGAUCGGGGAUACUUGGUGACGCAGGAUGAGCUGGAUCAGACGUUGGACGAGUUUAAAAGUCAGUUCGGGGACAAGCCGAGCGAGGGCCGUCCUCGGAGGACAGAUCUCACAGUGCUCGUCGCACACAACGAUGAUCCCACUGACCAGAUGUUUGUCUUCUUCCCAGAGGAGCCCAAGGUGGGAAUUAAAACAAUCAAAAUGUACUGCCAGCGCAUGCAGGAGGAGAACAUCACCCGUGCCAUCAUUGUAGUGCAGAUGGGCAUGACACCUUCUGCUAAACAGUCGCUGGUAGACAUGGCACCAAAGUACAUCCUGGAGCAGUUCCUGCAACAAGAGCUGCUCAUCAACAUCACAGAACACGAGCUGGUCCCUGAGCACAUCGUCAUGACGAAGGAAGAAGUGACAGAGCUGUUAGCGAGAUAUAAGCUGAAGGAGAGCCAGUUACCCAGGAUUCAGGCUGGAGACCCAGUGGCACGAUAUUUCGGGCUGAAAAGAGGCCAGGUGGUGAAGAUCAUCCGGCCGAGUGAGACCGCAGGUCGUUAUAUAACCUACAGACUUGUACAGUGAUGCUGCACUGGUUAUUCAUUAGGAUCUGCUCUUCUUCCAGCUGGAGAUGAUGAGACGCGUCUGUGAUGAUUUUUUUAUUUUUUUUAUCUGAGUUACAGUGUGUUUAACUCAGUAACUUUAAUCUCAGUAACAGUUUGAACUACAUAAUUGUAGUUAUUACACAAAGGAAGAUUUUGGACAGUUGUAUAUUGGUUUCAUUUCAUUACUCGAUUGCGGAAUGAAACGUGUUUUUGUAAUAAAAUGUCUUGAACUUUC